GGCCACAUGCCUUGCCUUGCUCUUGCCGCAGACCUGGACUGGAACUGGACUGGAACUGGAAGGAGCGCAACUGCCAACACCAGGUGCUUGCUUGCUUUUGCAGCAAGUUGAGUGAGUUGUGUGUGUGAGAAGUUGAAGCCUGCCUUCCACCUUACCUACCUUAUACUUACCUAUACCUUUCCUAGGUACCCAGCUGCCAAAGGGAAAGAGCGAGCGCCUGCCACUUCUGGACCCCGGUUGCCCAUAUUUACGAAUACGCUCACCAUUGUCUUUCCCAGCCCCGAUCGAAAUAUUAACGACGUCGGUCUACUUUACCUUACCUUACGCAGUAGCGUCUGCUGCUCUCUCUUUCCGCCCUGGCCUGUCUCCAGUCUCCCACUCUACCACUCUACCUACCUUACUCAAUCACCAGGUUCCGCUCUCUCCCACACAGUGCCCCAGUCUAAGGCGACAUCUGCUUCGCUCGCCGACGAGAGUCACAGAUUGAUCGUGGGCGGGUCCUGUUUUCCAACUUUUUCCACCAGUUCUGCUUCCGUAAUCGUCCAUCCCUCCCUCCAUCUCUUCCGGCAGCUGUCACCGCGAGGGGCCACGACCGAGAUCAACAUUCACCGGGGUUUCUUGCUCGUUUUGUGCCUCUACUGUUCCAUUCCAGGCCUUGCGCCUGCCUGCGCUACUCUACGAAAAGAUAUUCAGACGCCCAGCCAACUCCAUCAACCCACGUGCCGACCUCGCGGCGAAUCCAGGCGGCUCCCACUUUGCGGACCGAAUACCCUGAACCACUGACACAACCAAUUCCCGAGGCGGCGACGGCGCCGACAGUUCGAGAACAUCGUGCCGUUCCCCGAGUGCGCCUCCACGAACACGACCUUUCAACAACCACGUCCGCCACGCAGUAUUCGCCGUAUAUACGCAUACACACAUUUACACGGCCGACCAUGGCCGACAAUCGGCGUAACAGCUCCGAGAAACCACCCUCGGCGCGGGAUGGUCAGAACUCGAGCACAAGUCCAACUCAAACACCGACCCAAUUGCAGAACCAGAACCUGACGCAAGACGCCCGACCACCGCCCAAGAAGCGCAGACGCGUGGUGAUUUCUUGCACGGAAUGCCACCGACGGAAGCAAAAGUGCGACCGAGACCUCCCAUGCGCCAACUGCAAGUCGCGCAACAAACAGGAUGCUUGCAAGUACGAGACGGGCGCGCCCACAGCGAAAGACAGCCGCAAGCCGGACGGCGAAGGCGCAAGAUCGACACAUGUCCAGAGCCUCUCCAAUGCCGCCGCGAAUUGGGGCUACUCUCAAGCUGGGGCUUCCACGCUCGGUCUGAUGAGGAAAAUCGAAAGCGCCAACGGCGACGGCCAGCUGUCGCAUCUCGGUGGUGCGGCCCACGUCGAAGACCAGUUCGCGACCAAGGAACGAUAUAAGUCGUUGAUCAGACAGCUGCCGGCCAAGGGUUACAUUGAAAAGCUCAUCGACGUAUACUUUCACGAGUUCAACCACCAAUACUAUGCGCUUGAGGAGGAUCUCUUCAAGGAACAGUUUGCCGAGUGGUCCAACAUCCCCUUUAGCGUGCUUUCCAACUCUGGACCACAGGCACUCUCGCCCGACCUGCGAGUCUUUCCCGCGCUGCUCUUUCAGGUACUGGCGACGGCUUUGUUGACUCUGCCGGAAGGGUCGCAAGACUUUUACGAUCAUCUAAAGUAUGCCGGGAACAUGACUUUCGAGGACCUUGCCGCGGACUACAGCGAAUCUGGCGUCGGCAUUUUGUCACUGCUUGGUAAGCGGCAAAUCACUCUCACAACAGUUCAGGCCGACUUUCUUCGAGCUGCGUUUCUCAAGUACAUGGCCAAGGUUACGGAAUCGUGGCAUGCCAUUGGUAGCGCUAUUCGAGAUGCUCAAGAGAUUGGCAUGCACCGGGAUAGCCUGGAUCCUUCCCCGGCCAGUGAUGACACUGGCGAUAUGCUCGAGAACAUGUGGCUGAUUCAGCGGAGGAGAAAGCUUUACAUGGUCCUCAUGACAUGGGACAUCCACUGUGCGCUUGUGCUUGGACGUCCUGGCAGCAUCGACUGGCGUAUACUCCCGCCCAGUCUGCCAAUAGACGCGCCUCCGCCCAAAGACCGCCGCAAGACGCCCAUUGCGCCAAGGGAUGACGAGAGAGACCCGCCAACCCCGUUGACUAAGAGCAUAUGGGCUUUCAAGCUCGUCGGCCCAAUGCGCGAGAUCCUCGAGCUUGAGCACGACGGUCCGUGUCCGAAAGACUACUCCAAGGUCGACCGGGUACACCAAAUAUGUAUGGAACUCGACGAGGCCACACCCGCAUACUUCCGCCUGGAGAAUCCGGACACGAAAUGGGACGGUAACCCCUUGUGCUCCUCCUGGCUACAGUCGGUGCGAUUUUACCUGCCGCAGAUGAAUCUUUUCAAUCUGAUGGCACUGCACCGACCAUACAUCUUUAACAGGCAGAAGAGUCGGACAGAGGCGCUCAAGGCCAGCAUUGAAAUGUUGCAUCGACAGAUGCUCACAUUCCAAGGCCUUGACGCCGGAUCAUGGCGAAAUUUCUCGCUGUUCUUUGGCAGCUUUGACGCAGUAGUGCUCAUGGCCUCGAUAUAUAUCCUGUUCCCCAAGGAGAACCUGGAUAUGGCAGGCAGCGCUAUGCAGCACUUCCACUGGACAACGGAGAGGUUUGAAGCGAUGCAGGAGCGAAAUCCUCUUGCGAAGGCGGCAAAGGGUGUUCUCCAGGCGAUAUUUAACAAGUUUAAGAAAGCAGUAGGAAACCCGGCGCCACCAGCGAGCCUGUCAAGCCUGGCAUCCCAGACAACGCCGGCAUCGACGGCAGACAACAGCAGUCUUUCAGGCCGCGGAUCGGUGUCGACGGCAACAGCGGCCACGGCAGAUACGCCAGUGAGCAAGAGCAGUACGGUGGCGACACCAACAUCACUGCCCAUGGCAUCAGACGCGGUAUCGGCGUAUCCUUUGCCAUCCUCUGCCUCGGACUGGAACAUACCCAAUAACUGGGAUUUUACGUCGAUUGCGCCACUGUUCCCGAUGGGAGAUCUCAUUUACCACGACCUCAACGGCAUACCGGACGACGGAUCUCUACCCGCAUGGGGAGCAGCGACGCCGCCACCGCCGGUGGCUGGUACAACAUCAUUUGAAGGAGAUUUUGGGAAUGACAGUGUGUGGAACUUGCUAAACCAAAACAAAGGCCAUUUAGGGACAUUUAAGCCUGAGCCGCUCGCCUUCAAGUCGGAGUAAGAUACUAUCCGUAACAUCUGCCUGCAAGCUCUUGGAAGAAGGAGUGAGGGGCUCGGAUGAUUGAGACAGUAAAGGAAAGAGGGACGGCAAGGCGUUUUUCUUGAACGUCGCAGGUGAGAGUCGAAAAAGAGAUGGUAAAAAAAGGGUCGCGGCCUAGCGGCGGUUGAGUGCAUGACUUUGCGUUGUCGUCAUUGGCUGCAUGUAUUGGUGGGUUGAAUUGGAGUUGAGAACUUGAGCGCCUUGGGAGACAGAUGAUUUACUGCUGAAGGGCACCCCCCUGCCGUGAUGGGGGAUGCUGGCCAGUUAGGUGGGACAACGGUAGUGGAAUUAGCGCCAGCGGAGAAGGAGCUGCCCUGCCAGUGCCUGCUUCCCGGUUCUGUGGUGCCUCGCAAGUUGUCGCUAAAGUAGCAUCUCAUGCACAAGCGGUGGAUAAUCAGUCGAGCGAGGUGCAGGCCAGGCACAUCGCAGCCAUUGCUAGGUAGUCGUCAGUCAGUAGGUAGCCAAGAAUGGUUGAGGUAG